AGUAUCCCCAACAUUACUCUGGACCGAGACGGUGUGGUGGCUAAAGUGAACUCGUGUAUUGGUGAAUACACGUACAUUAAUAACACUCUUAUACGUUGAUUUUCACCAUGACGACCAUAAAUGGAAUGGAGAAACUUGCCGUAAAUAAUCAGAUAGUACGAAUGAGGAAAGAUGUGAAAAGGGCUCGUUUGUGGCUUAUAAACAGAUUGACUCAACGUGUGAAGAAACUUAAGGGGAAUAAAGCUAAUGAACUUGAAAAAAAUCAGCUUAAGGCUGAAAAACUGAGAAAAAAAAUUUGCAUCAUUAAGGGUAUUUGCAUUGAUGAAGUAUCUAAAUUUGCACUUUGUAACAAAAACGAUUCCUCAAGUCUUCUGUUAAGUGAAAGUGAAUUAGGUUUGUCCCAAAAACUAAUGCUACAGCUUGCUAACCAUAGGCUGGUUCAACAACAGGUUCAAGUGUUCCGCCAAACUUAUACUGGCCCUAUGGACAGAUUAAUUCUUUUGGUUAGGUCUCUUGGUUUGCAAUACCAAAAAAAAAAAGUAAAAAAAUCUGUAGAUUGUGACAGCAGAAAAAAUUACCAGGAAGAGGGAAAAAUAGUGUGUGAUACACAAAAAAGAUCAUGUGGGAGUAAAAAAAUAAUUUCUGAGACAGAGAUUGAGAGUACCUCUACAUCUGGAUGCAUGUUAAACUCUUUGUGUAGAGUAAACUCCGUAGCUGUUACAAAUAAUAAACACAAGGAUUUGUUGAAAAAGGAUGAAGCCUGUAGCACUGGAAAUUCAAAUGUAAAGAAAUCCCAAAGCGAAAAGACUUUGGCCCAGAAAGUCCCAUGGCCAAAAUUUUCAGUACCUCCAGUUAACAAAAAAAUUGGAACCAUGAUAAUUAAACAAGUUAACCUUGAAAACGAAGCUGAUGCAAUUUCAUUAGAUGAAACAAGCGAAGAACAAAAUUCCAGGCAAAAUAUCAAUCGGACUCCCAGACCCAGAGACUCAUUUUUUCUUGGGGGUGUUGAUUCGUCGUCAGAUGAUGAGGUUAUCAAGGACAAUUCCAACCUGCAAAGGGUAAACAAGAUUACCAACUCAAAAGUAAAAGAAUCUGAAGAUGAAAAAUGUUCUCAGGCAUCUAGAUCCAGACAUAAAUUAUCAAACAGAAAACCUUAUACCAAACCCGCAAUAACAUCUGUUCCAAUUACUGAGAUUCUUCAUCCAUCUUGGCAAGCCAAAAGAAAGGAAAAAGAGCUUCAAAUCAAAAUCGGUGUUUGUCAUGGAAAAAAGAUAAGGUUUGAUGACAAUUAAAAGCAUUCAAAUUCUAUCAUGCAA